AUUGUGGAGCCACGAGGGCGGACUGAUCCCACUCCGCCGAUCCACCACAUGUCCUGAUAACCUCACAGCAUCGACGUGUGCUUUCAUGUGCCCCUCCUCUUCAACUUCUUCUUCAACUGCUAAUUUCCAAUUUCCAACCUCAUUUUUUUUUUUGUUUCUUCUCUCGGCCAGCCACUCUACGCUUUUCGUGCACUUGUCCCUCGUAUUUUUGUAAAGAACUUUGUAAAUAUCUUCGCCAUUUUCAUCAAUUUCCAUCAUGUAAGUUGUGUGUACGGUGUGGAUAUCAGCUUCGUCCCGAUGUUGCACUGUGGUGGUGUUGGACGUUGAGCUGAGUCCUAAAUUGGACAGUACUCAGGGUGGAGUAGUGGAAUUCAAGCUGGUCUUGAGUUCGUUGCGCGUUUGUUGGAGGUGGACUGGUAGAGGUGGCCGUUCCUGCUUCAGUUUUUCUGAGGUAGGCCGUUGGUGAAGAGAUAUCGGGGACUGGUGUGUUGGAUUGUGAAUGUGCGGCGUUACUGUCUACAUCGUGCAUCUGACCAUUAAGUUAGUUGCAAGUUCAGUGAACUGCAGUUCAUUGACUGCUUUUUCUACGUUAGUGUGGAUUUAUGUGCAUGCUUUAACACAGCUUAAAAUCAUCUCGAGCUGAAAAGACAUGACUUCACUGUUGACGUCAUCUGGAGCAGAGCUUUGUAAGGGAUUAUUAGGAACACAGAUUUCGUCAAAUGGCAGGUGUCAAUUUAGUGACAUAUCCUCUGGUUGUGCUAAAACUCGUUACGCGCUUGCCAAAUUUUCGUCAAUAUCGUGCUCUGAUGCACGAGGACGCCGACUACGAGUAACGGCUGUAUCUGCCGAUAGGGGAACAAAACUAGGGGAAUCUGAUGAGAAGGUGCAGAAUGGAUCUACAAAUGGUGCUUCUAAUGGAGCUGCAAAUGGAGUAGCGAAGAAAGGAGCUGACAAUGCAUCGAAGAUACGUACCACCAUUCUUCAGAAGUCUACGAACGUUUCAGUGUAUGAUCACUCCGAAACUCCAGGCCCUCGAAGUGUUCACAACUACAUGGAGCAGGUGAAAUACUUUCUGAAUGAUGAUGGUGGUCCACCUCGUUGGUUCUCUCCCCUAAUUAGUGCCCCAACAGCCGAUGCGCCGAGCCUUUUCUUCGUACCAGGAAUGGAUGGGACAGGGCUGGGUCUUAUUUUGCAUUACGAAUCACUUGGCAGGCUAUUUAACUUGCAAUGUCUUCACAUUCCGGUUCGAGAUCGAACGCCAUUUACAGGUCUUCUCAAGAUUGUAGAAGAAGCAGUAUUAGCAGAACAUGCUCGUCGCCCACAUACCCCUUUAUAUCUUUUGGGUGAUUCUCUUGGUGGUGCUUUAUCCUUGGCACUGGCAGCCCAUAAUCGAGAGAUAGAUCUGGUUUUAGUUCUGGCCAAUCCAGCGACAUCGUUUGACCGAUCCCAGUUGCAGCCCCUGUUCCCUCUGUUGAAAGUAGCGCCGUCGCAGUUGUUUGGCGUCGUUCCUUACUUACUGAGUUUCAUUAUGGGUGAUCCAAUAAAGAUGGCGGAAGCGAAAGUGAAACGGAAUGCCUCUACUGUUGAGAGAGCGCUGCAGUUACGUGAAUCGCUUCUGACGUUAUUGCCAACCCUGCCGACUUUGUCUGAGGUAGUUCCAAAAGACGCCCUUCUAUGGAAGUUGAAAUUGCUUCAUUCAGCAGCGCUGUACACCAAUUCCCGGCUUCACUCUGUACGGGCUGAGGUGUUGUUGCUAGUUAGUGGGAACGACCAAAUGUUGCCCAGUGAAGAUGAAGCUAGAAGGCUUAAGAAGAUCUUGCCGCAGUGUCGAACUCGAUACUUCAAAGAUAGUGGCCACACUCUAUUACUGGAAGGUGGGCUUAAUCUAGCCACAGUGAUAAAGGGUGCUGGUUUUUACCGCCGAGGCCGAACUCAGGACAUAGUCACAGAUUUUGUUGUACCAACUCAGGAUGAUUUUGACGAUGCUUACGAAAAAAACUCUGAGUUGGUUUGGCAGGCGAUUAGCCCUGUGUUUUUGUCCACAACUAUAAGCGGUGAAGUUGAAGUCGGUCUACAGAAUAUACCCAACGAUCGACCAGUUCUUUUUGUAGGGAAUCACGUGUAUUUUGGGUUGGAUAUGACUUUAAUUAUAUACAAAGUUUUCAAGGAAAGGGGUCUCAUGGUUCGUGGAUUGGGCCAUCCAGUAUUGUUUGAUACCCAAUUCGAGGGAGAAUUGCAGGAACCCGGAAUGAGCGACUUGUAUCGUGCAUUCGGAGCAGUACCCGUGUCAAGUAAAGCGAUGUUUAAGAUUCUUAAAAAUGGACAGUCUUUAUUGCUAUAUCCAGGAGGAGCGCGGGAGGCUCUUCACCGUAAGGGCGAGGCUCACAAGCUUUUCUGGCCUGAACGAUCGGAGUUUGUCAGGAUGGCGGCGCGGUUUGGGUGCACCAUUGUUCCUGUCUCAACUGUUGGAGAGGAUGAUAUAAUUGAUAUAAUUUUGGAUCUGAAUGACCUGAGAAGAAUACCAGGUCUCGAAGAAAAAGUGUCACUUCCUACUAUUAAUAUCAGGGGAGAUCUUAAUGAGGAAGUAGCAGAUCAGCCUGUUCAUUUCCCAUUUGCAGCUCCUAAGCUGAACCCAGGGAGACUGUACAUAAAAUUUGGCAAACCUGUCAUCACAGCAGGAAGGGAAAGGGAGCUGCAGAAAGAUAAGGAGCAGGCAAAAGCUAUCUACAAACAUGUUCAGGGUGAGGUGGAAAGAGGUCUUGAAUACUUACUGUGGAAGCGACAAGAGGAUCCUUAUCGGAAAUUCGUUCCCCGAAUCUUGUCCGAGCAAAGUGUAGGAGGUUACAAGCAAGCACCGACAUUCAAGCCCUGAGGAUUCUGAAUAACAACCUCACUCUACAUAACCUCUCCCACUUCCCACUGUCCCAUUGGAUAAUCUCUAUCACAACAUAGAGAAUGUAUAGUAUGGAGGAGUUUUGAUAAGGCGCCGAGUCUUGAGGAGCUUGAAGCUAAGCAUAAUCUCGUGCAUCAAGUUGCAAAUGUUGUAACUGUUAUCUCCUUCAAGCUCUCAGAUACUUUCCUAUCAUCGAAUCUAUAGUUCAUCUUCGAGUUCGAUUGAUUAGAUCCAGUGUGCUUACAUUUAGAAACACUUGAAUUGGAGCCUAAUACAAAAGCUUCCUAUAUAUAUUGCAUAUGUAUAUUUUCAAACUAUAUGGAAAAUCAUAGAUGUGACAACCCUUGAGAUUUGCAAUUAUUCACCAAAAUAAACGAAACUUGGGAAACAA